ACCACACCGGAGCAAACAAGGAGUAACCUACAGUUGCCGAGCUGCUCCCAAAACCAGCACGGACAACCUCCCUCAAAUCCAUUUUGACACCACCUCCGAGUGGACUUCGAGACAGAAUCACCGCAGCUUGCCGUUCUAGAACAGGCGAACGAUGUUCGGUGGUUUGGAAAUCAAAGGCGCGUCGUCGCCGGAUGCCGGCGAUGCCCCGGACAACACCCCCGACACCAAGGGCCCCGAAGCCGGUGAACAGCCACCGGCCGUGAGUUCCUUUGGGUUCAUGAAUGCCGGCCCGGCUGCCCCCGGCCCGGCUCCGGCGGCACCGGUGUCUUCCUUUUCCUUUAUGAACUCGGCCCCUGCCGUCGCUCCAGAAAAACCGCAGUCGUCCCCACCCGGUGCCGCAGCCGGCUCUUCCUUUUCCUUUAUGAAUGCUUCGCCUGCCGCUCCGGAACCAACACCGAUGUCACCGGCGAACGCCGCACCGGCUGCUGCCCCCGCCGCGAGCGGAUUCUCGUUCAUGGCAUCGGAACCGACAACCCCGAAAGCCGAACCCCCGGUCGUGGAAAGCCCCUCGGAGGUUCCCCCGGCCAGCCCGGCAAUGGGAAUGGCAACGACAACGGCAACAACAACGACAACGGCAACGGCAACGGCCUCGUCGGGCUUUGAUUUUAUGAAUUCCAUGGCAGCUCCUGCGGAGACGAUGGCUCCCCCGGCCGGGGCGGUCGGAGACACGAUCAUCCCCACCAUCGCCGAGGAGGCGCCGGCGGCUCCGCCCGUCGUUAGCGGGUUUUCCUUUCUGUCCGACACGGCGGCUCCCCCCACGGCGUCGGAGGGAACGGACCCGCAGCAACCAGACUUGCCGACGGCCAUUCACACCCGUACCAACAGCCACAAUUCUAUCUCUUCGGCUCUCAGCACUCCCUCUUUGUCUUCUGCCCCGACACCUUCACCGGCUGUUCCGGCAAUGACCACCGCAGGUGGAAUAGCCGGAGCAGGCAUUACCUUUGGAACCAGCAGCUCCAAACCCAGAAUCAAAAAGAAGAAACUCCGUUCCCAGAAAAUAGGAAUCGGUGCAAGCCAAAGCGACGCGACAACAACCGCUGAUGCUCCCGUUCCGACCCCGGCUCCGGCCCCGCCAGCGACCGAAGUCAAAUCCGCGAGGGACGAAGCUCUGGAAGCGACGAAAAAGGCCGAAGCAUUCAUGCAAUCCAAGGCCAUGGAAGCGGCCAAGUCGGCGGAAAGGAAACCACCACCCGCCGCCACGACGACAGAAAGUGUACAGAACCUCGGUCUCGAGCCCAGUGCAAGCACCGACGAGAUUUUGGCCGCCGCGCAGGAGGCAGCCGAAAAGGCCAAGAUUCUGCAGUACCAGCAAACAGGAAAGAGCAGCGGUGGGUUCAUGGGAACCUUCUUCAAGGGAUUCAGGGCUAGUCCCAGCACGGUCGGAAGUGCUCCGAUGGCAAACAGCAGCAAACACUCGGUGGGUUCUAGCUCGAACGGGAGUGCGAGCGGGAUGGACCGGUUGGCGAAGGAGCAAGAGGUCGCGAAACAAGCCAUCGCGCAGCGACAACUUUUGCAGCAGCAACAAGACGCCGUUUCAAAAACCAUCAAAGAGGAGGACCAAGAUGACGACGAGGUGGUUGUUACCACUAGUGUGGCCACUAGUGUGGUCUCAACCAAGCCAGAGGAGGUCGCAACACCAGCAGAACCAAUUAAGUUUACGCCUGCAACUCCCUCAAGUGCAUCCGGGAUCUCUUCCUUUGUCCCGGCAACGAUUCCGUCUCCGUUCAAACCAAGCGCAACAACUAGCUUCAAGCCGGCGGCUGCUCCCAACUAUGGCGGAAUCAAGGUCGGUGCUGCACCAGCACCUGCACAACCAAAGAAGAGAACGAGCAACACGCCAAAGGAUAUAUUCGAAGGGUACCAAGAAUAUUUUUCGCAAGCGGUCGACACGGCAAUGAAGAAAGUGGAAGACGCACGAAACACGAAGAAGGGUUUGCUGGAAGAACGGUUCGUCGCCCUGGCCAAGGAUCGAUUCGCCACGCGAGAGCUUGAGCAAAUAGAAGAACUACAACAAGUUGCGAUCGAAGAAGAAGACUACGAGCAAGCGGACGAACUCGGACAAAUGUUGGAUGCACACCAGCGAGAAAAAAGCGAGGUAGCCAAUAUGCUAAAAAGCAACGAACUUGCCCUGGAAAGACUCGAAGCCGAAAAGACAUCGCUUGGUGGAAUCAUUUCGUCUUGCUUCCAAGAUCUGGCUUCGAGGCUCGAGGAAUUGAAGAACAAAGAACUUGCCAACGAGAAACAGGACGACAACGAAACGCUCACGCAGUACGCAGCCAUAUCGAAGCAACUGUCGGACGAACACGAGCGCCUGCAACAGGAUUUGAAACACCUAGAACGAGACGAAAAACUCGUGGCCGAGGAGAGGAAAGAAUUGGAAGGCUCGAUCAAUGAACAGACCGGGGAAAUCGAAACAGAAAAAGAAGAAGCCGGUACGAAACUAAAAGAGGUAGAAGAAGAAAUCGAGGAACUUCGAAAACUAGUUGAAAGCAAGCAAAAAGAAGCCGCGAAUCUGAGGACCAAGAUGUUCGGGUUUGAGGACUCCAUUGCUAAGGUGAGGGUAAAAUUUGCGCGGCAACUAAACCGCGUAAACAACAAGGAAAUGACUGUAAAACAAAACCGACGAGAAUGGGAAAUCGAGAACGACCAAUACACAAAGCAGAAGGAGGCACACGACCUCCAGGUCGAGUCGCACUCGAAUGCGCUCCUUGUCCACGAAGAACUUUUGAAUACACUUGAAUCGGAGUUGAAGUUGUCGAGAGAAUUCAGCGAAUUCACGCCCGCACAACUCGGGUUCAUGGAGGAAGAGAGUGAGGCAGAAGAGAAAGACAGUAGCAACGAAGGAUCCCUUGCUCAGCUCAAAGCCAAUGUUGUCAAAUGCGAGGGUGCGGUUGAUGCUGCCAAAAAGUCUCUCAAGGCGACCACCUCGGCAAUCCAGAACCUAGAAACCGAACGCGACGGUCUCGCCGCCAGAAUCCCGGAAUUGGAGACGCAGAAAAAGGCAGCUGCCGCGGCGAGGGAUUUCAAAUCCGCGGGAAAAUUUUCCAAGGAAAUCAAGGACGCCACGUCCCGAAUCCAGGAAUGCGAACAGGAAUUGAACGGAGAUGCCAAGGCGAAGAAAUCGGCUGCGGAGGAAACGCUCCGCCAACUUGAUUUGGAUUUGUUGGAAGCGAAGAAGAUUGCCGAUGCCGAAGAAAAGCUGUCUGGUGAGAAACGAAUGGCGACCCUAUCGAAAAAGAUUGAGCAACUCACGAAAGAAAAGAAAGAAAGAUGCGGGGAUGCGUCUUCGGAAGGAAACAGUGUCAAGUGUGUCGGUGCCAGGUUGCUCGAGAGUCAGAUCAAGAUGCUCAUGGCAGAAGGAAGCGAACUAGGAAGCAAAUACGGUGGAUGGGGAGAUCUAGUCACGUCGAUCGGUCUCGAGGAUGCACCCGGUGGCGUCGACAGCAACGAGUCGGAGGCAAACGGUGGAACGAGCGAAACUGCGAAGGAAAUGGUUGGUUCCAAACUGUCAGAGGAAGAAUUGCAAGCGCGGUUGGCAAAAGCGAAAGAGUUGAUUGCGAAAUCCGCCAAACUAGAGGAAAUGGUACAGGAAGCUGCCGACAGAGAUGAUUACGAGGCAGCUGGCGAACUGCAAGAGGAGGUCGAUAAGAUCAAUAGUGAAAUCGAAGAAAUGAACAUCACGGAUGAAGAAUGCGAGCUGUUGGCCCAGGAAGAAACUCUCCUUGGCCCCGAUCCGCCUGCCAAAGAAGAGGAGGAAUGCGGACUCACAACCGAGGAGCGAGUUGCAAAAGCAAGGGAGCUGACGACAAAACAGUCUGAAUUGGAACAGCAGGUGGAAGCUGCCGCUGAGAUUGAAGAUUUCGAGAAGGCCGAAGAACACCAAACGAGUCUGGAUCAAAUAAAUUCCGAGCUGGAAGAACUGAAUCUCACCGAUGCCGAGAGGGAGCUCUUGGCCAAGGAAGAAGAGGCACCCGCUAGCGAGGAGGAAGAACCUCUCGACGAAGAGGAAGGCGAAGAGAACGUCGAACCAAGCGAAGGAGGUGCGUGCGAAGAAGAAAAGAAGGAGUGUCCGGACGAAGAUGAGUGCAAAGAGACUGCCGAGGACGAAGAAAAAGACCAAAACGACGACGACGAAGAAAACGAAAAAGAGCCCUCAGCCGAAAGCGAGGAGUCCGAACCAGUGGUCCAAGAGGAGCAGGAGGUACCAGAAAAUGCGGUCGAACCAUCAGAAUAGGAAGAUAUUGCUGCAGGCGACGAAGAGGCAUAGCAAUGCCAACGCAAGUGUCUCUUUCCUCCCGAUGAAAAUGGGGGACAGUCGAACAGCUAUCGAAUUAAGAUUAUGGUUUCCU